CACUAGUAAAAAUAGAUAUUACCUGGGCUAGUAGGAAACUGGCACAUGCUCUUCAUGUCUUGGUCCUCCCCUCUUCACUAGAUUUGCCCAAAUUGCUCCCUUCUGAAUGAACACAAAGAAAAUACACACACUAACAUUUCUCUACUCACUAGAAGAGGUGACAUUUUUGUGUAAGUGACAGAGCUUUCUAACACUCAAGACCAAUCUAUACUCCCUGGAUACACAGAGAUUGAUACCCCUUUUCCUACUGGCAAUCACCUCAGCAAUUGAUUCAUACUGCCCCUCUUAUUCCCAUAUCUGCAUUUCGUACUGCACAUGGCAACAAUUUGAAAAGGGUCUAUCCUGAUCAUCAAAUCUCAUGCAUGAUGAGUUUUGCUUCAAGUUCUUGAUUUUGAGAUAGAAUUAUUAAGUGGGUCUUCAACAAUUCUUGAUUUGGAGGUGAAAGAUUUCCGUCUUUUGCCUUCCAGCGGUUGGUUUGAUCCUUUUUGAUUGAUGGGCUGUCUUCUAUUCUUGAUUUGGCACUAAAUUGUGGAAGAAGCCGGUGAAAGAUGCGGCGGCGGGCGUCCGACUUUCGGCGCCCGGUUCGGAGGAGGCUGUCGUGUUGGAUCUGGGCACUUCUUUUGUUGUCUUUGAUUGCAGGUUUGGUUUUGUUUGCUGUUCAGCAUAACUAUCAUGAUGAGGAUCACGUGGAACAGCCUGUCUUGGAGAUACAUCCCAGAAAUGUUGUCCACGAGAGUCGAAAUAUAACUGAUGAAAUAUUAAGUGCUAGAUCAUAUGCAAGACAAUUGGCAGAGCAAAUGGCCCUUGCCAAAGCAUAUGUUGUUAUUGCAAAAGAACACAACAAUCUCCAUCUUGCAUGGGAGCUUAGCUCUAAAAUAAGGAGUUGUCAGUUCUUGCUCUCCAAGGCUGCAAUGAGAGAGGAGCCCAUAUCUCUAGAUGAAGCUGAACCAAUCAUUAAAAGUUUAGCGGCACUCAUUUUUAAGGCGCAAGAUGCACAUUAUGAUAUUGCAACCACAAUGAUAACCUUGAAAAACUUUAUUCAAUCUCUGGAAGACCGUGCAAAUGCAGCAACUGUUCAGAGUACAGUAUUUGGACAACUAGUUGCUGAGUCUCUACCCAAGAACCUCCAGUGCAUUGACAUUAAACUCACAGCCGAUUGGCUCCAGAGCAAGUCCAUACAAGAGCUUGCAAAAGAUAGGAGAAACUCUACCCGACUAGUGGACAAUAAUCUUUUCCACUUCUGUAUAUUUUCGGACAACGUUCUGGCUGUUUCAGUUGUUAUUAAUUCUACCAUCUCUAAUGCCGAACACCCAAAGCAGCUUGUAUUCCAUGUCGUGACAAAUGGAGUGAAGUAUGGGGCCAUGCAGGCUUGGUUCCUUAGUAAUGAUUUUAGAGGUGCUACAAUAGAAGUCAAAAAUAUUGAAGACUUCUCUUGGUUGAAUGCAUCUUAUUCUCCUGUAGUGAAACAACUACAAGAUACAGAUUCAAGAAAAUUCUACUUUGAAGGUUCACAUGAUUCUAAUUUCGAGCCGAAGUUCCAUAAUCCAAAGUACAUCUCAUUGUUAAAUCACCUUCGAUUCUACAUCCCUGAGAUUUAUCCCCAGUUGGAGAAGGUUGUUUUUCUUGAUGAUGAUGUUGUCGUCCAAAAGGAUUUGACACCUCUCUUUUCACUGGAUUUGCAUGGAAAUGUGAACGGGGCAGUUGAAACUUGUCUUGAAGCUUUCCACCGGUACUACAAAUAUCUCAACUUCUCGAACCCACUUAUCAGUACCAAAGUUGAUCCGCAGGCAUGUGGAUGGGCAUUUGGCAUGAAUGUCUUUGACUUGAUCGCAUGGAGAAAGGCAAAUGUGACCACAAGGUAUCACUAUUGGCAAGAACAGAAUACUGAUAAGUCUCUGUGGAAGCUUGGCACACUUCCUCCUGGACUGCUAGCUUUUUACGGAUUGACUGAGCCUCUUGAUCGAAGAUGGCAUGUCUUGGGAUUGGGCUACGACCUGAAUAUCGAUAACCGUUUGAUCGAGACUGCAGCAGUGAUUCACUUUAAUGGGAACAUGAAACCGUGGCUAAAGUUGAGCAUUGGCAGGUAUAGACCUCUGUGGGAGCAAUAUGUGAAUCGGACACACCGAUAUCUUCAGGACUGUGCGACAAGUUAAUAUAUGAUAGUCCUGAGUUGCGGGUACAAUCCGAUUGCUUUUCCAUUUUCUUUUUUUUUUUUCAAGUUUUCAAGAAUAUGAUUGCAUUAGUAUAGCACUAGAAUAGUAAAAAUUUUGGAUUGAUGAGGAUCUCUUGUCUUCUUUCACCUAUUUCAAGUUACAAAAUCUUGGAAGGGGAAUUUUUUCUCACACACUAGAAAGAAACCAUGUAUGAGAUGAGAGUUGUAGGCGAUUUCAUUUUGGCAGAUGAAAUUGUUUUUACCUCUAGCAUAUUGUACUAUCAGCAUUUUAGAAGUCGUAUUAUCGCUUAGAUUGUAUUGUUUUUGCUGUUGUUUCUGUUUGUAUAUACAGUUUCUAGUGUUCGUUUGCUCUCGUUGAAAGUACGUAGCGUCUUGUAAAUCUGCUUAUGCUUAGCAAGAAAGUUUGUUUUUCAAACAGAUGUAUGGUGCUGAGUUCAUUGAGUUGUGUUCUCAUUUCUGUUUCUGUCAAGUAGUGCAAUAAAACAGACAAUAAAAUGA